AUGCUGCAGUACACGUCAUGCAUUGUCGGCGUAUUUAUGUUCCUUUUCCUGGCGAAUCCAAUGGCGAGGCUGCGUUUCCUCUUAACCCUGGUCCGCUACUCUAUUGUGCUUUCGUCUUCCAUGCAUCGUACGAUGCCCAUCAUGGCGCCCGUCGUUUUGGCUCCUGAAAUAAUCCAUAACAUCAUCUACUUCCUCACUCACGAUUAUCUUGUUCCUAUCGAUGACGAGUCGUGGGGUGUCAUCCGGGGCUGUGGCCGAUAUGCCGCCGUCAGCCGCACCUGGCAAGACGAAAUUGAACGCGAGACUUUUGCCUCAUUGCGUCUUGAUUUAGACGGACUCUUGCAGGCCAACUUUAUCGUUACCCCUCGACGACGCCGCUUCGUUCGGACUAUUAAACUUGACGUCGCACUGCCCAUGUCUGGACCUGUGGGAAGCCCCGAAACGGACGAAGAGAAGCUACGAAACAACUGCAGCCUACAAGUCACCUUUGAAGCAUUUUUGCGACUCAUGGGUUCAUGGGAAGCGACCGAUGUGCACCAGGCGGGUGUUAAGCUCUAUGUUGAUACAUCUAUGCCAGACGAUGCUUUCAACCGGCGACCUGUCACUCCCCAAUCACGAAAAAGACAAGCGAAACUAGAGCGAAGGCGUGCCUCAUCGUUGGUAGAGCUGACGGAUCCCGAUCGCAUUGCACAAUACCCACCAGUUAUCGCAAUUACGGAGUAUAAGGGGAAUAGCUCAGACCUGAAUAUUCACAUCUCUGCAGCGGCCACCUGCGUUCUACUGGCAAAGUUACCUGCAGUGAAGGGGGCAUUUAUUGACUGGUGGAGGUAUCAUUUGAGUAUAUCGGACAGUAGUCUUACGUACGGUGAUUGGUUUCCGUUUAACCCACCGCCUGCUUCAUCAACACAAGAGGUUGAUGAACUUUCCAUAUCUAUACGAAACAUGUCUCAGCGCCUCAAGAAGCUCGAUAUAUAUGAUAUUUCAAUUAGCGAUGAGUUAUUCUUUCCAAGAACUCCAUCUCUGGACAUGAUGCCAAUAUGGGAUCGAUUGGCCAUGCUCAGCUUACACUAUCUACCGGUCACUCAUUCAGGUGAAUGGCUUUUCCUACCGGACCCAGACGCAUCUAGCUCUUCUGAAGAAGAACCAGACAGCGACGAUUCAUCAUCUCGGGACGGUUGGCCGAGCGAAGAGCCGCAGCCUAAGCCAAGCAUUGCAGCACCGGCCAUGCAGCAGUUCUAUCUCGCUGCAGCACACGCGGCUCUACAGAUGCCGGCACUGAAGCAGAUGAAGCUUAUAGCACUGCUUGAGAGUGGCAUAUGCUGGCAUAAAUUCUGGUAUCACAGUGAAGAAAUGAUGGCGAGAGCUCUCUGGACGAGCAGCUCAGGAUUCGUCCCUGACGAGGAGGUGUUGGACCGUUGGCGAAUGGUGCCGAGGAAGCAUAUAGAGAUAGACCUUGAGGUGGAGAUUUCAGAAGAUGAGAACGCCUUGGAAAGUUUAGAUGACGAGAAUGUCGUAUAG